AUGCUACCAAAAGUUACAUUUUAUUAUGAUAUUAUUUCUCCUUAUUCAUGGAUUGGUUUCGAAACACUUCUUCGAUAUCAACAAAAGCAAUAUUUUAAUUUAAAAUUAAAACCUGUCUUUCUUGGUGGAAUAUUUAAAGAAACAUCAAAUAAGUCACCACUUAUGGUUCCUGCAAAAAGUGAAUAUGUUAUGAAAGAACUAGGUUUGACAUCAGAUUAUUAUGGUAUGAAGAUUGUUCCACCUAAAGAUUUUAUAAAAACUGCUUUUACUCAAGGAUCUUUAAAUGCAUUACGUUUUUUAGUUGCACUUGAAAAUGAAAAUGAAAAACAUCUUAUUCCAGCUUCAAGAGAAUUGUGGAAUAGAUUGUGGUCAAGACAAGAAAGUGCCUAUACAGAAAAUGAUUUUAUAGAAGUAGGAACCAAUAUUGGUUUAAAUAAAGAAACUAUUGAUAAUGUUUUAAAGAAUACCUCUUCUUUAACUGUCAAAGAAAAGAUUAAAACUAGCACUAUGGAAGCUGUUGCUGAAGGUGCAUUUGGUGUACCAUGGAUUGUUGUAGAAAAGGCAGAUGGUGUUAAACGUAGUUUCUUUGGUAGUGAUAAAAUGCCAUUAAUAUGUUUUUUUAUUGACAAACCAUUUCUAGGGCCUUUAGUACAAAAUGAAUGUAAAAACAAACUUUAA